GCUAACAUGUGCGCGUAGUGGUACGAUGACAGAUGAGAGAGAGAGCUUGCGCGGCUUUCAUUGAUUUGGUGGUUUUAAAUAGAUGUUUUCACAAAUAUUAAUUGAUUGUUUGUGCCAUUAAAGGUAGAACAAGUUCAAGAAAUGGUCAUCAUAAGCUCCCCGAGUCCCUUCGUUUAUUGGGCUCAAACAGAAAGUAGUGUUUCGUUAAGAAUUGACCUGAAAAAUGUGGAAAGUCCUGACUUUGCAGUUCUAGAAGAUAAAGUGAAGUUUUCUGCUAUCGGCGUAGGUGCACACGGGAAAUGCAAAUAUGAAUUUGGAUUGAAUUUAUAUUCUCCGAUAAAAACUGACACUUCAAACGAUGAGAAGCCAGCAGUCGUUCGGGUGCUGGAGAACCGAGUGGAUGUGGUCCUGCAGAAGAGGAAGCCGGCUUGGUGGCCCCGGCUCACGGCACAGCCCCAGAAACCCGCCUGGUUAAAGAUAAAUUUCGACUUAUGGAAAUCGGAGGACCCGCAGGAUAGCGACGAGGAGAGACGCGACAUCAUGAAGGACUAUCCGGGCAUGUACGACAGGCUGCAGAAAGAAGAAAUGGGCUAUCGAAGAGAGGAGACCAUCAAAGUGUACCUGAUAUUCUACAACCUGUUCCAAGUCGUGGGCUACGCUUACAUCCUGAGCGUUAUAGCCACACGCUACGCCAAGCUUGGCUACGCGUCUGUCCCCACCACGUAUGAACACGUCGGCAAUACCAUGAAGUUCCUGCAACUCAUACUCUUUCUGGAUAUCAUGCACCCGUUAUUUGGGUACACUAAAGGAGGUGCAUUUAUGCCGUUUUUCCAAAUAAUCGGGCGAAUAGUCACAGUAUUCUUGAACCUCGAAAUCGAACCAAGACUGCAGACGAAACCCGCGGUGUUCUAUUUGUUUAUAACGUGGAGCUUGAUCGAGAUGAUGAGAUGUCUCUACUACAUCACACAGCUGUACAAGAAGGAGAUCGGGAUAAUCAAAUGGCUGCGAUAUUCUCUGUGGGUCCCUCUGUACCCUUGCGGCAUCACUUGCGAGUUUGUCCUCAUAUUGAGGAACAUUCCAUACAUAGAAGAGACGAAGAGGCUAACUGUGACGAUGCCCAACGCUUGGAAUUUCACUUUUGACAUGCCAUUCCUCAUGAGAGGGUACUUGAUAAGUCUUAUGGGAGCUGGCGCGAUCCUCAUGAGGUACAUGUACCAUCAACGGAAGCGACACCUCAGAUCCAGGGUUGUAAUAAGGAAAUGCAAGUAGGAUAGUCUCGCUGUAUGCACCUAGACAGUUUAUAGUUAAUGAGUCAUGAAAAUUUUAUAUACGCUAAGAGAAAAAAGUACAUACUGUGCAAUAAUAGACCCUUAGGCUAGUAUUAAUUCAGGCAAUUUUAGCCUAAAAGCUGUUAACAUACUUACUUGAUCUUUAAAUUGAUAAACUUAUAAAUGCUGCCUGUUAUGUUUGCAGCAGUCGUGGGUAAAUUAUGUUUUUCAGUUCUUUGGAAAUAAAUUUAGGGAAUAUUUAUUUAGUUGGUUGUGAUAUUUAUGUUUGUAAUGAAGGACCAGUAGGUCCAGGAAAGAGAGUCAAUAAAUGUUUAUAACAAUUA